CUGGAGCGAGGAGCCGGGGCGAAGGCGAGGCUGCGCGGGGCCGGAACCAUGAACCGGAGUUUCCACAAGUCUCAGACCCUGCGCUUCUACGACUGCAGCGCGGUGGAAGUCAAGAGCAAGUUUGGGGCUGAGUUCCGGAGGUUCUCCUUGGACCGCCACAAGCCUGGGAAGUUUGAAGACUUCUACAAGCUGGUCGUGCACACGCACCACAUCUCCAACACGGACGUGACCAUCGGCUACGCGGACGUGCACGGGGACCUGCUGCCCAUCAACAACGACGACAACUUCUGCAAGGCCGUGUCCAGCGCAAACCCUCUGCUCCGGGUCUUCAUCCAGAAACGAGAGGAGGCCGAGCACGGCAGCUUCGGGGCCGGCUCGCUGUCCCGCCGGAGGAAGGCGUUGGCGCUGCGCGAGGACGGCCCCCGCCGGCGCGCGCACCUGCACAUCGGCCUGCCGCACGACUUCCGCCCCGUGUCGUCCAUCAUCGACGUGGACAUCCUGCCCGAGACGCACCGCCGCGUGAGGCUGUACCGGCACGGCUGCCAGAAGCCGCUGGGCUUCUACAUCCGCGACGGCACGAGCGUGCGCGUCGCCCCACAGGGGCUGGAGAAGGUGCCGGGCAUCUUCAUCUCGCGCAUGGUGCCGGGCGGCCUGGCCGAGAGCACGGGGCUGCUGGCCGUGGACGACGAGGUCCUGGAGGUGAACGGCAUCGAGGUGGCCGGGAAGACGCUGGACCAGGUCACGGACAUGAUGAUCGCCAACAGCCACAACCUCAUCGUCACGGUCAAGCCGGCCAACCAGCGCAACAACGUGGUGCGCGGCAGCCGCGCGUCGGGCAGCUCGGGCCGCUCGUCGGACAGCGCGGCCAGCCGCCACAGCCUGCCCGCCGCACCUGCGCUGCUGCCCCUGCAGCCGGACGACGCCGACAGCGACGACGAGCCCGACGUGGUGCUCGAGGGCGUCCUGGAGCCGCCGCGGCUGGCGCCCCGGCCCCCGGUCAACGGCGCGGGCCCGGCGUCUGCGCGGGACGGUCCCGCGCACCGGCUGCUCAGCUCCCUGCGCGCCGACCCGCGCCACAGCCUGGCGCUGCCGCUGCCCCCGGGCGCCGUGGAGGAGCACGGCCCGGCCGUGACGCUGUAGGCCCCGGACGAGCUCGGCGCGCGGCCGCUGUGCUCUGGGGGCGGGAUCCGGAUCCUCUCCCGCAGCCCGGCGCGGCCCGAACCCCUGUGGAGAACGGACAAAGGCUGUUUUUCUGCGGUUUCUCCGAAGACCACGGGAGGCUCACGCAAGCCCCGUGUCCAGCCGGGGGCGGGGCGCGGCCCCCCCCCCCCCACCCCCGGCAGCGCGCAGGAGGGAUUUCAGCGGAAGUUGUCGAGCGACUUUCAUAAAUGAAGCUUUAAAAUAACCUUUUUUAAAGAAGAGUAAAUCCGCGGUUUCCAUGUGACUCUGCAGACACAGCCCGGAGGUCAGCCCUGGGGGCCCGGCGGCAGCGCAGGGGGGAGGCGAGCAGGCGGAGGCCGGUCUCACCCCCGGACGCACGAGGCCCGGCCGAGGCGAGGGUCCCCCCACGCGCACUUCGUCUCCGAACCGGGGUGCAGAGCGCCCCAGCGUCCCCGGGGCAGGCCACCGGCCCGGAGCAGGCCAGUGCAUGCGGGCGGUCGCAGGCGGCCGGUGUCCAGCCUCGGGCCGAGCCAGCACCGCGGGACAAAACGCUCGUAUGGCCUUUCCCUGCGCCCCGACGGAGUCCGAGGCCGGUUGUGAGGUGUUGGCCGCGGGCAGGACAGACGCGCCCCCACGCGCCUCCAGCGGGCCCGGGAAGCUCGCGGUUGUCUGGAUGUACAGUUUCUGUUGUCUCGGUUUUUAAAUAACAAGUCGCUUGGAACCUGAUUUUUACGCAGAUUAAAUUCAUUGUCGCUUCGCUUUGAUCUUCAACAAUAUUUAUAUAUUUAGUCGUUGUAAAGGUUUCCUCAUUUGAUCCAAUUUUAUAUGAACUCUGUUUUGUUCGAGUCCGAUGUCCAGGAAGAAACAGGACCCCUUCACUCGGAGAACUAGGCUCUGGCCCAGUAAAGCUUUCCUACAAAUAACGUGUUUUUCUAGGAGCCUCCGGGCGGCGAGCGCAGCGGCUCCUCCUGUGGUCCGGCACCACCUGCUGCUCAGUGGCGAAACUGUCCUGCCUCGGGACGCUCAGGCCCCCAACUGGAAAACAGAAUCUCACCAUCUUCACUUUUGCUGAAUCCAUUAAGUGUAAAAGCCAAUUAUUUUUCUUUUGGAAACUAUUUAUUGGGCAGAAAUACUUUUUAUUGAGUAGUUGUGGUCUGCCACGCCUAUGUUUGAUUUUGUUAUUUGUGCGCUUUUGUUCCUAAACACAGGGAAGACCAAAGGUGCGCCCUCCCUUUGAGGUCUGGGGCAAGAGCUCAGAUACACCCAGAUUUAUGGGCGCCAGUGAACAUAUGAGCAUCUUUUCUGGCACCCAAGCAGUCAGAAGUGUUUUUGUGGUUUUGGUGGUUUUUUGUUUUUUUUGUUUUUUUUUUACUACAAUAAGUAUUAUAGAACCAAAAACCUAAUGCUAGUUACUAUCACAAUGAAAUGUUCUAAGUUAUUGCUGGUUAUGGAAUAUCUUGUUGAGUAAUGGGAUCUGUUACCAAGAAGGAAAGUUACGUUUCUUACCAUGUUUGAGCUAAGCAAAUGUGAAUAAUUUUUUAAAGAAAAAAAAAAAGAAGCCUCCCCUGAGACUUGUAUUCUGUUGUUCAUAAUUUUAGGAGUUCUGAAUUUCUUGGAACAGCUGCUUGAGUGUAUUUUUGUACCCAUAUCUUCACUUCUGCCUUCUUCUUAAAUAAAAAAAACUAUGAUGUAUUACACAUUAAAGUUUUCUUGGUU